UUUUCAUCCCCAGUCUUGCACCCCUCCCCUCUUAUUAUGAGAUUAUUACGUACUGUUUGCAAGACAAGUGUCAGAUUUUUAUCAACGCGAGCACGGCCUUUAAGAGUUCUUGGUAUUGAAACUUCCUGCGAUGACACGUCGGCAGCCAUCGUCACCUCCGAUCGCCAAAUAUUAGCAGAAGUGGUUCGUGGACAGCAAGAGAUGCAUGAACCCAUGGGUGGCAUCGUACCUACUUUAGCCAGCAAAGGUCAUUCACGCAACUUGCCCGGUGUCAUUUGUGAGACAUUGGAACUUGCUGGUUUAACUAUUGGAGACUUGGACGCCAUUGCUGUGACAAGAGGUCCUGGUUUGCCACCCUGUCUUCCUGUAGGUCUGAAUGCCGCAAAGACACUAGCUGCCGUAUCCAAAAAGCCAUUGAUUGGCGUACAUCAUAUGGAGGCACAUGCAUUGACAGCUAGGUUAACUACGGACAAUGAUCUAAACCAACCUUCACCUGCUUUUCCAUUUAUGACCUUACUUAUAUCCGGUGGCCACACACUCCUGUUAACAGCAAACAAAAUCGGUGACUAUGAUCAAUUAGGAACAACAUUGGAUAAUGCGGUGGGAGAAGCCAUUGAUAAAACCGCACGCUUAUUAAGGCUGGAUUGGUUAAAGGGAAGAAGAGGAGGACCAGGUGCAGCACUCGAAAGAGCUGCAUUAAAGGGGGACCCUGAGCGAUUCAUGUCUCGUCUACCCAAGCCAAUGCUCGAACGAAAUAAAUAUGUCAUCGCGUUUAGUUUUUCGGGCCUAAAAAGUGCAGUUGCUAGGCUAAUUGAGGUAGAGAAAUUGGUGGAUUUGGACAAUCCCCAGGAUGUAUCUGAUAUCGCCGCAGCCUUUCAAUUGAUUUGUAUUCAGCAUAUUGAGCAAAAGUUAUCGAUUGCGUUAAAACAAGAGUUGAUCGAAAAUAAGAAACCUUUGACUGCAUUAGUUGUCAGCGGCGGUGUGGCAAGUAACACAUUAUUCCGAACAAGACUGGGAGCACUGGCAGGGUCUUACAACUUGCCUUUGAUAUGCCCUCCUCCGCAAUUAUGCACUGAUAAUGGAGUCAUGAUCGCAUGGGCAGGGCUCGAGAGAUUUCAAGCAGGCCUCAUUGACGAUUAUACCAUUACCACCUUACCAAAGUGGCCGAUUGACUCAUUAAAGUUUAGAAUUGAUUGAAUUUCCGUUACACGGGCAUUUCGUUUUCAAGGCCGAUUAUGAAUUGCAGUUUUUUAAUAUACG